GACCCGGAGGAGGCCUGGGUAAAUCCCUAUCCUUAGGCGCUGGAUUCUUUGGCACCUCCCUCCUUACCAUUUUAUCCCCCACUCCUGCCUCGCUUGUCCUCCCAUCCGCCUCUUCCCCGCCCGCUGUCUCCUCUCGCGCUCCCAGCUCUGGCGGUUGGGGGUCGUUGAGCCGGCUGGGCGGCAGCAGCUCGAGCAUUGGAGGAGUCAGUCCGACCACGGGGUACACCAGUUCACCCCCGAAGCCUUAUAGGGAAGAAAAUCCAUGAAAGAACAACCGCGGCAGCUGACAAUGAUAGAAAGAAAAUAAAGAUUCCAAGCAGAAGAGUUUCCAAGUGGACAAAUACCUUUCAGCUAAGAAGAAAAUUAAGUUUAUCAGGAGAAUAUCAUUCUUGUCCACAGUCCCUCCAGAAAGCAAGGAAAGUUUACAUCUAUCCCUACCCAAUUAUCAUCUCUGCUUUUAGGCAACCAGGAAAAAGCUUACACAGAACAUUCCACUUCCUCAGGUUCCCUACCACCAGAAAGUUCAGUGUUGGAGGAAAGAACACUACUAGCACUCACCCCUCAGAGUGCAGAGGAAAGUAUCCCCCACAUACCUCCUCUAACUGGCCGACCCCCUUUCCUCCAGAAUCCAGUUACAGAAAUCAUUUGUUUCCUGGUAUUCUACCCAUCCCUUUCCAGCCAUGUAUGGAGCAGGGAAGCCCUAUAAAUGCAUUGAGUGUAACAAGAGCUUCCGCUACAGUUCAGUGCUGCACCUCCACCAGCGCACACAUGCCGGGGAUUGCUGCUACCGAUGCCUAGAGUGUGGUAAGGGUUUUGCACAAAAUGCAGAGCUUAGGGCCCACCAGCGCACACAUGCUGGUGAGACUCUCUAUAUCUGCAAUGAGUGCGGAAAGAGCUUCCAUCAAAGUGUCUAUCUAGAUCUGCACCAGAGUACCCAUACUCGAGGCAGGCCCUGCAAAUGCCAUGCCUGUGGGAAACGCUUUCCCUAUCGUUCUGCCCUCUACUGUCACCAGCGACAUCACCCUCGUGAAAGGCCUUACCGAUGCCCUGUCUGUGGAAAAAAUUUCCGUCAGAGUGCCUAUGUCUUCCACUAUGAGAGGACCCAUAGUGGUUCUAAUGCUCUCACUGCAGGUGAGCUUCCUAAAGGCCCAGAAGCCAGUGGAGAUAGGUUUACUGUUCAUACAGGGCCUAUCCUACCUGCCCCAUUGCACCCUGAGGAAAAAUCCUAUCAGUGUAGCGAGUGCCAUCGGGACUUCCGAAGUAGUUCAGGUCUGCUGAAACAUCAUCGUGUCCAUGAGGCUGGAAAGCCCUGUAAGUGCAGUCAGUGUGGAAGGGCAUUUGACAAUGGGGAACAGCUCUCUGCACACCAGAAGCGAAGCCACAGUCAGAGAAGUAGUGGAGCCAAGCUGGAGGGAGCCCACAAGUGCCUUGUGUGUGGAGAAGUCUUUAGGCGGGCAUCAGAGCUCCAGGCUCACCAGGAGACACAUGGGAUGACCCGAACCCACCGGUGCAACGUGUGUGGAAAGAGCUUUAGUAAAAGCUCAACCCUGACACGACACCGGCAGACACACACAGGGGAAAAACCAUUCAAGUGUCCUGAGUGUGGAAAGUGCUUUACAGAGAGUGCCACCCUGGUACGACACCACCGAAUUCACACAGGGGAGAAGCCUUAUGCCUGCCCAGACUGUGGGCGGAAGUUCAGUGAAAGUUCCACACUAAUGAGGCACCGGAGAAGCCAUAAGGGAGAGAAACCACACCAGUGUACCACCUGUGGCAAGAGCUUUGGGCAACGGUCAGACCUGAUUGUUCACCAAAGGAUUCAUACUGGGGAAAAGCCCUUUCCUUGCCAAGAGUGUGGCCGACGGUUCAGUGAUCGCUCAGACCUCACAAAGCACAAGCGUACCCACACAGGGGAAAAGCCAUAUCGAUGUGAGGAGUGUGGCAAGUUCUUCACAUGUAUUUCCAACUUAAAUGUUCACAAGAGGAACCACGCUGGUGACAAGCCUCACAAGUGCCCUGAAUGUGGCAAGUGUUUCAGUGUUGGCUCCAAACUGGCGCUGCACCGAAAGACCCACCAGGGUGAACGCCCCUCAGAGUGUGCUGAAUGUGGGAAGUGCUUUAGCCAUAGCCGAUCACUGUCACAGCACCAGAGGGCCCAUGCUCGUGCCAGGGCCGCUGCAGGAGCCACUGCAGGUGGGUUGGUUGGGAUAGCACCUACCCUGAUCUUUUCAGUAGACUCUGGCCAAGAGAAGUCAGGCCUGAGGGUGACAGGAGUAGGAGAGAGGUACUGAGGUUCCUAAGUAAAAAACACUAAAUCACUUUCUCUCUACCCUCCCAAAAGGAAGUCUGGGGAAAAGUUUUGACUAAAUAAUGGGAAAAGAUAGUAGUGGGUCUGAGUUUUCUCUGCCUUCUCCUGUCCUUCCUGUGUAUAUCUUCUUUCACUGCAUUCUCAGUCUCUUUCCUCAUUUGCUAUUAGUCUUCCUUUUUUAGUUUUCUGUAUCCCAAUGUUUGUCUUAUUUGUCACCUUUCUUUUUCUGGGUAUGUACUUUGCCACACUUCUAGUAUCUUUACACUUCCUCAUAUUCCUAUCUGAAUUAUCUCUCUGUAGUAGUAUAGGUAUCAGUGGAUGUAGUGGAAGUUAGGUUGAAUUAACCCUCUCUGCUUGGAUGGGAGAGAGAUCCCAGUCACAUUAUUAAAGGACAGUGUUUUUUACCUUGGCCUGUUUGUUUCCUCUUUGUCUAUGCCUCAUCUCCUUUUUCUGUCUACAUCUUUAUGUUUAUUUCAUUCUGUCUUUUCUCACCUCUCAGAAUUCCUAUGUCUCCAAUUGUCCUUGAUGCCUGGUUUUCUUUUGCUUUCUGUCUUUUCUUACCCCUCUUCUAUAUUUCUCUUAUCUCUGCUCUCUUUCUUUUUCCCUAUUUCCAUGUAUAUUGGUCUCUCUAUUUCUGUGGGGUUAAUGGAAAGAGAAAAUUGAGAGAAUGAGGUGUGCGUGAAAUACAAGGGAUGAGAAGGGUAGGUGUGAAAAUAUAAAAGACCUGGAAAGAGACCUCCAAAAUAUUCCCACAUGGCAAAAUAGUACAAACCAGUGCAUGUCAGAAAUAGCCUUAUACCAAUAAAAUUGAAGGGAAGGGAUAAAGGUUCUUUGCAUGAGGUUCCUUGCAAACAAUACUCCUUCCCCUCAAGAAUCCUGGUUCAGUCAAAAUACUAUGUGUUGGCACACUCAACUCCUGCACUCCCAAGAUUGAUAGCUGGGGUCCCUCAUGUAUUAAGAGGAAGGUGGAUAAGCCAAGAAUUUAUCAUAUAUUUCAGUUAUGAUUCCCCACUGGAGCAUGGAAGUGUUUGUAAUUUGCAAGGCUAAUUUGGUGGCAUCUUGGCAGCCAGUCUUUAUCCUUAAUGAGACUGAAGAGGAUAGAGGGACAAAAAUGGAGAAAACCAGAAGAAACCCCUAGACAUCCCUUUCUCCCUGUAAUUGGUAAUUAGAAUAAAUGUUGUUGUUUUUUUGUUCCUGA